AUGCCAUAUGAUAGACUUGUUACACCAAAGAAAGGUGGCAUCUACAUACAAGUCUAUUUUAUGUUGUGUGAGGGUAAGUGUGAGGGCAAGUGUGAGGGCAAGUGUGAGGGUAAGUGUGAGGGUAAGUGUGAGGGCAAGUGUGAGGGCAAGUGUGAGGGCAAGUGUGAAGGCAAGUGUGAGGGCAAGUGUGAGGGUAAGUGUGAGGGCAAGUGUGAGGGUAAGUGUGAGGGAAAGUGUGAGGGUAAGUGUGAGGGCAAGUGUGAGGGUAAGUGUGAGGGAAAGUGUGAGGGCAAGUGUGAGGGUAAGUGUGAGGGUAAGUGUGAGGGUAAGUGUGAGGGCAAGUGUGAAGGCAAGUGUGAGGGCAAGUGUGAGGGCAAGUGUGAGGGCAAGUGUGAGGGCAAGUGUGAGGGCAAGUGUGAGGGCAAGUGUGAGGGCAAGUGUGAGGGCAAGUGUGAAGGCAAGUGUGAAGGCAAGUGUGAAGGCAAGUGUGAGGGUAAGUGUGAGGUUCAGUAUCGUCCAGCUUCCCGUGUGAUAUUUUUAGAUUCCAAUUUUCUCAUCAUCUCCUUUCCUUCCCACCUCAUCUGCAAACUUCCCCUUCUCAUCAACAAUUCCCCUUGA